AUGGCCGCUAGUACUCGUUCCCCGAAAAGACAGCGUUCCGAAGAAGGCAGUGGUAGUGAUCGUCCCAGGAAACAACAAAAAACACGCUUAGUUGGCAGUCUACCAAGCUCACCACCAGGAAGCUCACCACCAGGAAACUCACCACCAGGAAACUCACCACCAGGAAACUCACCACCAGGAAACUCACCACCAGGAAACUCACCACCAGGAACGGAGUCCGAAGACGUGUCACUUCCAUCGCGUCCACAAACAGUGCGCCGACAAAAAAGACAGUCAAGACUUCGACCGGCCCCAGUCAUUCACGAAUAUAAAGCACCAGACUCCAUUCCCGACUAUGUUACAACAGACUGGUCUGACAGUAUGUCUCUCUCCUCUGAUAUCGACCCCUCAGACCCAGAGUUGCAACUGGCCUACCAAACUGUGGGUGCACGGUACCAAGCAUGGAUUAAUGGCCCAACCAUCGAACACUGCCCUAUCAUGGAAGCAACGCUAACCUAUCAUGACUUAUUUAGUCUCCCACCGGCCCCCAGUGAGUUAGUGAGUGGAGACCGGACCAGCUACCAAUGGGUGGAAAAAGACUGCUCCUACUGGGAACCUUUUGAGUCUGUAGCAGAUGAUGCCAAAACGGUAGGUCUCUCAGAAGGAAAUGAUUGGAACCGCAGAGUUCUGCGGCAACUGGGCUGGGCACCCCACCGAGAGCUUUGGAAAUGGAGUGAGUAUAUCCAUUGGGUGGUCGAGGGUGCAAUUGUUGCCGCUGCAAUCAUGAGAUAUCACGGACCUCAUUGGUCUGAGAUUGCCCUGGCUCAUUACAGACACGUUUAUCCAGACAUCAACACAUUGAAGUACGUUUAUGUUGCGAACAUUGUCAAUAAGGAGACUGCACCAUACGUGAGAGAGAUCCUUUACAACGACGAAUCGAUCAAACCGACGGAUGAGCCAGCUGCACGAUACUGGGUACAUGAUUCAAACGAGUAUCAAUGCCUUUUGGGGACGGCGAUUGGUAAGGGAGUGGCUUCAAUGGUUUUGGGUGCUUGGCCUCGGGGUACUCACCGUAUUAAACAGAUCAAGUCCUACUUCGUAAAGCGGUGUCUGCAUCUUCGAUUCGACAUUGUCGAGAUUGGCGACGAGUCGUCUGCUUCGGGUGAGAAAUCAUCGGAACAGGCAGAGUUGCUAGAGGAAGAGAUGGGUGUGGAAAAGGGGACAGACAUCGAGAUGGAUGAGGCAGAGAUGGUUGUGGAUGAGGAUAUGCCAGACUCAGAGGGAGAAGAGGGUGAGAUGAAAAAGGGGACAGACAUCGAGACGGAUGAAUCAGAGAUGAUUGUGGAUGAGGGUAUGCCAGACUCAGAGGGAGAAGGGGGUGAGAUGGAAAAGGUGCCAGACGUAGACACGGAUGAGGAAUCGGUAUGUGAAUGA